UAUACGAGAGGGAGAGGGAGAGGGAGAGGAAGAAAAAACGAGAGAUUGUGAAAACGUUAAUCUUCGAUGGCACUCGCGGGAAACGCUAAUUUGUCGAUGGGUGAAACAACUUGUGUAAAAUCCCCUAAUUUGUGGAUUGGAGAAACAGCAUCGGAUUUGGAUUUGUGUGGUAAACGAAAAGGAGGAAACGAGAUUCAGGGCGCCAUGAUGGCAAAGGCAAAGGAAUCAUCGCCAUCGCGGCAGGUAUCGGAAUUCACAGAUUUCCUUGGUCUACUCGAAAACUUCAAAGAUGGGUUUACGUUCGAAGAGGAAAAUUUCGAUUUGAUGAGAGAAUGUUUGGAAAGUAAUGAUACGGAUUUGAUAGCGGAAAUGAAGGAAGGUCCUCCUUAUGACCAUCAGGCCGUUCUGAAAUACAUCGCUCAAGUCCGCAACAGCGGUGGUUUUGAUCUGGAUGUGAAACUUCCUACUUAUCUUGGUGGUUUGUUGGUGGUUUUGAUCCCCCUUGAUCUAUCUAAAGAUAAGAAUGAAUUCCCCGGUGAUAGUGAUCCUGAUGAUGCCAAUCAUCAAAUACCUACUGUGCGUGAAUAUGCUUAUCAGAGAGCAAGGUUUGCUAUUGAUGAAAUCAAUGUUGACAUGAAUGCCAAAACUUUUGAGCUUGUGGAAGUUGUCAGGGCUGUCAAGACGGCCGGCGGCGGCUUUUUCAUGUUUUUGACCCUGGCUGUGAAAAAAGUCGGGGAGGCUGAAGAAGAAGCUGCUACUAUCACUAUCCAAGCAAUUGUCUUACAUGACCUGGGUAAACCUAUGGAGCUCAAGGAGUGGAGGUUCAAGCCCGACGCCCAAGCUUGAUUGCACUAUCGUUUUUUUUAUCCUACUGAUAUUAGACAUGUUGUCGAAUUGAUAUGCCUUAUGAAUAUGUUCUCUGUAAUGUAUGUUUAUGUUUUAACAAGUCGCAUUUCCCCAUCCUAAAAUAGUUAUGUUCUUCUCUUA